GGUUUUUCCCUAAACAUAUUUUGUGGUUGUGGUCGCACACACGAGCUUUUUACCCCCAUUUAUGUGUUUGAACUGUGUUUUUAUAUUAACAAAUAAAAUUUAAUUCUGUGUAACUGGAUAAAUAAUUAAUUUAAGAAAAUUUGUGUGUGACCGAUGUCGGAACAAAUCAAAACUAUUUUUGUAGAACACAUUUUCCCAGUUGAAAUUUUCUAAGACAUUUUGGAUCAAAAUUUUCUUCAGCUUAUCGGUUUGUGAAUAUAGUAAUAAACGUGAAAUGCACCGAAACUGACAAUGAAACAGAAUAUUCGAAGUAAAUUUUGUCGUCGAACGGGGAAACUGUAAUCAAUUUCGUUAAUCUGAUUCCGAAGAUUCGAUUCUAUGGUUUUUCAGAUAGAAAAUUCAACUGCAAAAAUGAAAAACUCUUUUAAUGGGUGCACUCUCAGAAGUGCGGUGAUAUCUCCUCCCUGAAAUUUAAUAAAAAAAAGAAAAAUUUGUGUGAUAAAGUCGAUAAGACAAUUUUGGUGUAAGUUUAAAUUUAUCGAAAUUACUCUCGUCGACUAAAUUAAUUAACCGAAAGCAAUAAUCGAAUGAUCGUUGUGCAAUCGCGUUCAAUAUAUUAGCAUCAAGUCAAGGGAUUAUAAGUGGAUUAAGGAUAUUACACAUUUUGAAAAUUCAUAAAGACAAAACGCCACUAAACUUCUAAAUACAUUCGAGCGCAUACACUCAUACAUACACCUAGGCAGUAAUAUCAAUUAGUCUGAAAUCAGAGGUUAUUACUCGUCAAUCAAAAUGAUUAAGUUAAGGUUUUGUUUAUUUCUCCAAGGUGAAAUAAAUAUUUGAACAAGUGGAACACACCACUGUGAUUUGGUGAAAUAUUCAGCGAUUGUUCAUGCGGCUAUAUCACAGAACGAUUGUAAAUAAAAGAUAAUCGAUAUGGUUAACGAAUACAUGGGGACGAGUUCUUUUAUGCAACAGCUUCGGGCCACAUUGAUUCGGAAUGUACGCCUAAAGUUACGAGAUUCCAGGAAAACAAUAGCGGAGGUUUUUCUACCUUUGUACACGUUAGGCACCCUAAUAGUACUGAAGAUUCUCAUACCAAAUCCAAAUUUUCCUGCCAUAACGACCCCUCAGGAAGCUAGACUUUUCGAACAUUUUAAACUAGACGCAAAUCAUACAAUCGCAGUUCUUCCACAUUGGAACUCAUCAACAACAAAGCCGUUCUUGGACUCUGUGAAUGAUUUGUGGCUGAACAUGUCGUAUGGACCAGGUCUGCAUGAGAUCAAUUGGAUGUUUUACGAAACGCAGGAAGAUCUGCUGGGAGCGUAUUGGCGUGAUCCGAAUGCGAUGCCAAUGGCGGUCAUAUUUCACAGUGAUGAUCCGUACAAUGGUCCUCUGAAAUACGAAAUACGUACCAAUCCAUCAUUCGUUGGUACACCACCCACAACGGAGCUUUUCUCAUCACUGGCUGUGUGCAGACAAACUGAAAGUUCUUGGACAUCAGUGUUUCCGAUAGAAGCCGGGAAAUCGUGUCCUUGCAAUCAAUAUUACUAUUCAGGAUUCAUAGCCCUACAAACGCUUUUGGAUUACACAAAGAUUCGGAUAGCGUCAGCUAAUUUAAAGUUACAGGUACCAAUGAUCACACUGGAAAUGUUUCCCAAAGAAGCGUACACUGGCAACUGGAUGGUAGCUUUUCGUGUCGUUAUUCCCAUUUACAUGGUGAUGGCUCUGUCGCAAUUCAUAACAUAUUUGUUGAUUCUGAUAGUAGGAGAAAAGGAAAAUCAUAUCAAAGAAGGCCUAAAGAUAAUGGGUCUACGGGACUCGGUGUUUUGGCUAGCCUGGUUCAUCAUUUAUGGCGUUUUUGUGUUCUUUCUCACUGGCGUAUCCGUUGUGCUUCUAUUUUCACUCGGUGUUUUCCAAUACACAAAUUACUUGCCCGUUUUUGUACUGAUAUUGCUCUACAGCUUCUCCGUCAUACUCAUAGGAUUUAUGAUAACGCCGUUUUUCGACAACUCAAGGACGGCUGGGAUACUAGGAAAUUUUGCUGUAAAUAUUAUGUCCCUCCUGUACUUCAUCCAAGUAUUUUUGGAUGAUUCGGACACUUCAGCAACUUUAUGGAUUGUAUCCUUGAUAUCGCCAACUGGAUUCGCAUUGGCAAUGGAUAAAAUCCUCGUACUUGACAUAUCCGGGCAAGGAGUCACUCUCGACAAUUUAUGGUCUGGUCCAGGCAUUCCAUUAGGUGGUUCCAUUUUUAUGAUGGCAAUCGAUAUUUUACUCUAUGCAGGACUCGCAUACUAUUUCGAUUCGGUCAUACCCAGCGACUACGGAACGAAACGUUCGCCGUUGUUUUGUUUCAGUCGGAAAUUUUGGUGCAACAAUAAAAUACCGAAAGUUCCACUGCUAAAUGGUGAAUCGGCCUCGUCAUUCAAUAAUAUUGACGAGCAUACGAGAGAUGUAGAACCGGUGUCUAGGGAAAUGCGGGGCAAAGAAGCUAUCAGAAUAGUGGAUCUGUACAAAAGUUUCAAUUCCUGCCGGAAGCCCCAAGUUAAGGCUGUAAAUGGCAUCAAUUUGACGAUAUACGAAGGACAAAUAACCGCGAUUCUGGGACACAACGGGGCUGGCAAGUCCACACUCUUCAACAUUUUGACCGGUUUGACAUCACCGUCAUCGGGGACAGCCUACGUUUUCGGAUAUGAUAUAAGAGAUCCGAACGACAUGACAAUGAUUCGCCGGAUGACGGGUGUAUGUCCGCAACAUGAUAUUUUAUUCGAUCAGUUGACUGCCAAGGAACAUCUUUACUUCUUCGCGGCAGUUCGUGGGAUACCAAAAUCCGAAAUCCGAGAUGAAGUACACAAGACGCUAAGAGACAUUGAUCUUCAAGACACAGCCAAUUUGAGAGUGAAAAAUUUGAGCGGCGGUCAAAAAAGGAAAUUGUCCGUUGGCAUUGCUAUCAUAGGUGACCCAAAGAUAAUCAUUUUAGACGAACCCACAGCUGGAGUGGACCCAUACUCCAGGCGGCAUAUGUGGUCAAUACUGCAAAAUAGGAAGCACGGCAAAGUCAUUUUACUGACUACACACUUCAUGGACGAAGCUGACAUACUGGCGGAUCGGAAAGCUGUUGUCUCAAGAGGUCGUUUGCGUUGCUGUGGCUCAUCGUUAUUUCUAAAGAAUAAGUUUGGCAUUGGCUACCAUUUGACACUGGUGCUAGACACAAAUGCUCGCGAAACGGGCAUUACAAAACUGGUGAACCAGCAUGUACCGAAGGCCGAACGGGCUCGUCGUCAUGGCCGUGAGCUGAGCUAUAUAUUGCCUCACGAUGCGGUGGAUUUUUUCGCUCCAUUAUUCUCUGACAUUGAGUCAGAGAUCGUGACCAAGACCCAACGACUGGGCAUAUGCAGUUAUGGUGUUUCUAUGACGACAUUGGAAGAAGUGUUUCUGCACCUGGAAACACAGCGCGAGGAAGAAGAUGUGCCCGGAAACAUGGAGAAUUUGAGUAAGAAGAUGGUACGGAAUCGAGCUUUAAGUAGAAGUUUGUCACUACAGGGACGUAGCAAUAGCUAUGAAUCACUACAGAACGAAAUAAAUCACUUGACCGAUACGAAUGGCAAAGGAACCAUUCGUUCGUUGCCUGAUGAAAGAACAAAUCAAAUGUUCCCGUCAAUAGUGACUGGAGACAAGGGAAUUAUCGAAUCAGUUAUACCAGUCAAAGAAAGUGUAGCAAUACAACCGAGUAAAUCCAGUUGGAUGGAAUUGAACGACGUGAAAUUGAUACCGUCUGUACCUAGAACUCUGUUUGCUCUGCUAAAACUUCGAGUUAUCAUACUGCUGCGAGAUCUGCAGCGCUUGUAUUUGAUGAUAAUUUUACCGCUAGCUUUUACCGCACUCGGUUUGUACCUAAACUCCAUUCAGGUGAUUUUACCAGCCAUGAGGUCGAUCGUACUGGACAAUAACACUUACGACCAAGAAAACGGUCGGAUCGCAAUACACGAUAGUACGGUCAACGAAAAUGGUGACUUUGAGUACAUGGUUCAGAUGCUGAACAGAUCGACAGAUGUAUCCGAAGAGUAUGACGGAAAUUUUUCCAAUUUGCUCGACAUAGCUCCACACAUGGGCGCAUUCGACGUGAAAAUGUUGUCCUCGUCAAAUGUGUCCGUAAUUGCCUUGUACAACGACACCACACAGCAUAGUCUACCGAUUGUUUUAAAUUUGUUCAGCAACGCCCUUUAUCGCAUGAUGACUGGCGAUGACUUUCAGCCGAUCGAAAUCCGAGCACAUCCGUUCCGGCAGACCACUCAGCCGCAGGAAUUCAAUUUGGGAACAUUUUCGUCUGCUCUGUUCAUUGGAAUGAUUUUCGUGUUGAUUCCGGUCAGUUUGGCUGUGGAUAUGGUCUAUGACAGAGAGAUGAAAGCGAAAAAUCAGCUGAGAGUCAAUGGUCUUAGAGCUAGCAUGUACUUUUCGGCAUAUUUCAUCGUGUUGUCGGGACUAAUGAUCAUAAUAUGUGCAGCACUGCUGGGAAUGGUCUUCAUAUUCGACAUUCCAUCGUUUAGACAGCCUCCAGCCCUGUUCACAUUAGGCAUGCUAGUAUUCUUAUACUGCCCAGCGGCUAUACUUUGCUCAACAUGUUCGUCGUACUUCUUUGAUCGGACCGACUCGGCACAGAGCUUUUUACCCAACAUUCUGACGUUCAUUGGACUUAUUCCGUUUAUCUUAGUGUCAUUUUUGGAUAUGUUGGGAAUAGAAGUACAAGCUGCCAUCGCAUUGCACUACGUUUUUUCGUUGCUGAAUCCCAUGUACAUUCCGUAUGCAGCGGUCUAUUUCGUUGAUCGAGUCUAUGUGGCUUGUCGACUGAGCAGUGCCUGUGCUGAAUUAUCGUUGGCAGACUAUAUGACCGAAGAAGUAAUUGUCAUGGGAAUAGGAGCCAUUCUACAUGUGCCAAUUUGGGCUUUGUGUUUGCGUAUCGUAGAUAUUAGUAAGACUGGCGGCAAGGUUCGUGACGCAUUUCGCAGCAAAAAGAAGUUGGAGUGUGAUGACAAUAGUUCAGUCGAUGAUGUCAUUCCCGGCGAAUAUGAAGACAAUGAUGUUCGCAACGAAAGAGCUCGUAUAAAUCGUUUGUGUACCGAACAACAGCACAACGCUGCUACCGUACAGCCCGUAGUCAUUGUGCGCAACCUUCGGAAAGAAUAUCGUCCCAAGACCAAUUGUUGCGUAUCGAAUUGUUGCUGUUGUCUUCAAGAUGAAUCGCCGAAGCGAACGAAAGUGGCUGUAAGAUGUUUAUCGAUUGGGGUUGAUGCUGGUGAAGUGCUGGGAUUGUUAGGUCACAACGGUGCCGGUAAAACAACAACAAUGCGCAUCAUGACUGGUGAAACAGCUCCGAGUCGUGGACAAGUUAAAAUUGGCGGUCACAAUAUUACAAUCAAUCAAGACGAAGCAUUCAGAACGUUAGGCUACUGUCCGCAGCACGAUGCUCUGUGGAAGAAUAUUACAGUCCGGGAGCAUUUAGAAGUGUAUGCAGCUAUUCGUGGUGUGACGCGGAAGGAUCUGCCGCGUGUCAUCAACACCUAUUUACACGGACUGCACAUCGCUGAACAUGCAAAUAAGCAGACCCAGCACUGUUCCGGUGGUACACGAAGAAAAUUAAGUUACGCAAUGGCAAUGGUCGGAUCGCCGAAAGUCGUGCUGCUUGACGAGCCCAGCACAGGAAUGGAUCCCAAAUCCAAACGGUUCCUAUGGGAUACGAUACUCGCUAGUUUUCAGGGGUCACGUGGAGCUAUUUUAACUACACAUUCGAUGGAAGAGGCAGAUGCACUGUGUUCAAGAGUUGGUAUUAUGGUUAAAGGAGAACUCAGGUGCCUUGGUUCAACGCAGCACUUAAAGAACCUUUAUGGGGCCGGCUAUACGUUAGAAGUUAAAUUAAAGCACAUCGAAUACCUACAAACGGAAACAUCAAUCACCAGCGUCAACGGCAUCGACAUCCAGCCGACAUCGUUUGACAAUACCACAGAGCAAGAGGAACGAACCGGAUUGUUGCGUGCAUUCGUUUCGGAUAUGUUUCCGGACGCCUGUUUGGAGGAGAGCUUUGCCGAUCGUUUAGUGUAUUCAGUGCCGCAGAAUGCUGUGAGUUCUCUGGCACAAUGUUUUUCCAAAUUGGAAAGAGCAAAAACGGAGCUGGACAUCGAGGAAUAUUCAUUUAGUCAAACAACAUUAGAGCAAGUAUUUCUUAAGUUUGCCCAUUACGAUGAGGACGCGUUGGACGAUGUGUAGAGAAUGAUGUUCUUGUAAGUGAUUUGUUGAAUGAUCAUUUUGUGGAAGAAUUUUUAAUUUGGUUUUAAACAGUGAGAAAGUGGAAAGAAUCUUUUUCGUUGAAAUAUUUUGAAUCAUAGGACUUGCAUCACGUUCCUCUAUCAAGAGGAAUCAUUUUUCUUUCUAUAACUUUGCUAGCCAAGAACAUCUCAAACGAUUUGAUAGUGAAAUAAAACAAACAAAAAUAA